AUGAUCACGAGCUGGCAGUCUUUGACCGUUGUCCACAAUCAGAUCACCGAAGAAGACCAGGACAGAGUUGAACAUACGAACUUGUACGUUAACUACUGCUUGAAGCUGGUCACCCUGCUGCUGCGCCACAACAUGGAUGUCCUGCUUGUGUUCGACGGCGCCAGUCUACCUGCGAAGCACGAAACGAACAAAACACGAAGAGAGUUAGUCGCGACACGACGACAGACGAUGAAAGAAAAGGGAAAAUUACUAUUCGAACAGGGUUUUGUCGACAAGGCUCGUGGCUGUUUCCAGCAGUCUUCCGAAAUCGAGUUUUACAUGAUCGUAGACAUUAUCAACGCGUGCAAAAAAUUUCCCGGAGUCCGGUAUAUUGUCUCGCCAUAUGAAGCGGAUGCUCAGCUGGCUUAUCUAUCGUUAAACGACCAUGUGCAGCUUGUGAUCAGUGAGGAUUCUGACCUCAUUCCGUUCGGGUGUUAUUCGGUAAGUGUAAAGUUUAAAUUUGAAAUUUUAUCGCCAACUUUGUUGUUUCGUUCUCUGCAGGUACUUUACAAAAUGGACCUCAAUGGCAACGGUAUCCUCUAUGAACGGCGGAGCCUCCCUGAAGCGCUGAACAUCCCUCCAGACAAAUUCGACUUUGCCGCCUUCAGGCGAAUGUGUAUUAUGGCUGGGUGCGAUUACCUAAGCAGUCUGCCAGGCAUUGGCAUUCGCAAAUCUGCUAAGUUCUUCGCGAAGACCACGGAACAGGAUCUGACCAAGGUUUUGCCAAAGAUACCAAAGUACCUGGGAAUGAAGAAGGUCACCGUAACGGAUGAGUAUAUCAGUCGGUUCAUCGAAGCGGAAAAUACGUUUUUAUACCAAAUCGUUUUCGACCCCGUUAAACGAAAAAUGGUCCCACUGACACCGUAUCCGAACGGCUUUACCGACGAUUCUUUUCCUUACGCUGGAAAAUUGCUUGCUGUCGAUGUAGCUUGCGACUUGGCAGACGGCAACAUUCACCCCCAUAGUCAUGAACGUUCGGAAACGCAUCUUAUAAAAUCGACCAUGACAGCUACUCUGCAAUCAUCUCAGAGUCAUCAUGCCGAGAGUAACCGUGAAAGACGGAACAAAAAGUUCGCUUUUGAAGUAUCUGGCAGUCGUUCGGUGAACAAGAUGGAACCUCUGAUUCAAAAAAACGAAGGCGGACGAAACUUAAAGCUUACUUCAGAGUCACAUAAAGAAUAUCUUAUUACUAACAAAGGAAAGUUCAGCGAAAUAUGUGAACCAGCAGCUACAUUCGUUUCGUCGUAUUUUGUCAGCGGGGACGCUUCGUCGUCGUCGACCUUCCUUCAGUACGUCGCGAAGGAGGGGCGUGAUUCCAUACCAGACAAAGCCGAUGCCCUAAAGAAUGAAGAACUGGAUGUCAUAAACGAAGAAGGCAACCGCUCAUUUUCCCCGUCGUCUUGUUGGUCGUUACUGAAAAUCGAGGAGAAAAAGAAGUCCAGCAAAGAAACGCUGCCCGUCUUAUCCAGGAAUCCUUUUAAAAUCAAGAGUCCGAUGACUUCUAAUUCAGAGAAACAAGACAGUUGUGUAGAAUCCAACGAUCUGCCGGCUUCAAGGCUUGUUUCUGUCUCGUCGAUUGAUGUUCUGAUGGACGACGUUGAUGCCGAUGAAUCUUGCAGCUUCAAUUCGCCCUCGCCUUGCACUGCAGCCCUCGAAACUGCAUGUCAGAAGCAGGGAUAUGUAGUGGACAAUUACGGACUGAAGUAUCGCGGGAAACUGUUGGAUACAUCGUUGACGUUUCGUUUUUCCGGACUGUCUCCGAACUGUGUCUUGGAAAUGGCUGAGUUGGAAACAGCUUUGAACCCACAUACUGCUCCUAAAGUGGAAGUAGCGGUUCAACUUCCAGACGGCUCUCGCGGUCAGAAGUCAUUUUCUAAUGAUACCACGCUUCUGGAAAUUUUGUUGUUUUUCGAAAAAGAAAGAGGAUUAAAAAUGGCCGAACCGGAGGAUAUUCAUUUUCAUCCUGUAUGCCAGUACCUAAACAGUGAGUACAUCGGAGCCCUGCAGCUGGGCACCACGACUUUGAAGUCAUUAGGAGUUUGCGGGCGGGCGCUGUUCAGGUAAUU